GGUUCAUCUCCACACAGCGUGGAUGGUUAGCAAAUUAUUUUCAUUUUUCUCUCUCAACUUUCUCGGAAACCAAACAACCCUUUUGUCAGACUCAGGACUCAUUUUUCUCUCUCAAAUUCUUUUUUUUUUUUUUUGAGAUUGUUCUGUUCUCUUCUCUUCUCAAACUGAAACUUCUCACUCAGUUCUUCUUCUUCUGCAACACAACACAAGAUCUUCUUCUUCUGCUUCAUUCACACGUUGAUCACAAACUUCAUCUGCUUAAUUACCUGACAGAGCAUUUGCUGUGGCUUCUGGAUCGGUCAACAUACUUGACUAGUUGCUUUUUCCAAGCUUCGCUUUUUCUCGGUUGCGUGUUUGUUUUGCUUUACUCAAAUGCUUUCACAACGUGAAAUGAAUUCAGAAUUGUGAUGUUGAAUUGUUGAGUGAGGCAUUUCAGCUCGUUUUCAAGUUCCUGUGUGUUCUUGCUGCUUUCUCAAGUCAAGAAUUAGAGGAAAUCGAAUUUUCGUGUUGUGGGCUUGUGGCUGGCAGAGCUAUUUAAGGGAAAAUGUCUGCAACAUCCAAGGUCCUGCCUGCUCUCCACCCUAUCAAAUCAUUGCCUCCCAAGUUCAAUAUUACUUCUGGUAAUCCGACUGCUGGUCUAAUGGAAAACCAUGGAGAUGCUAAGUUCAGAAGCAAUGACGUGAUCAGAUCAGGUAGUCCAGAAAAUGAUGCUUUGAUAGGGGAGGUUGCUGAGGAAGCUCAGAACUGUGCUGGUGACAUGGGUGUUUACGGUGAGGACUUGGCGUACAGCAGAAAAGGUGUGUCGUUAGAAGACAGGCCAUCAAUUGCUGAUGAAGACUUAGAAUCUGUUCCUCUGCCCUUCCCAUCAAUUUCAAUGUCCUCUAGGGAACGCAGGUGGAGUGAUACAACACCUUAUGCUUCAAAGAAGAAACUUCAGUCUUGGUUUCAACUUCCAAAUGGGAAUUGGGAGCUGGGGAAGAUAAUAACAACUUCUGGAAAUGAAUCCAUCAUUUCACUGUUUGACGGGAAGGUUUUGAAAGUGAAAGAAGAAAGUUUAGUACCAGCAAAUCCUGAUAUCCUUGAUGGAGUGGAUGACCUCAUGCAACUUAGUUAUUUAAAUGAGCCAUCAGUUUUAUUCAACCUGCAAUAUAGAUACAAUCAAAACAUGAUUUAUACAAAAGCAGGGCCUGUUUUGGUUGCUAUAAAUCCCUUUAAGAAAGUUCCUCUAUAUGGUAAUGAUUAUAUUGAAGCCUACAAGCGUAAAGCAAUUGAAAGCCCUCAUGUAUAUGCAAUAACAGACACGGCCAUCCGAGAAAUGAUACGAGAUGAAGUCAAUCAAUCUAUAAUUAUAAGUGGGGAGAGUGGAGCAGGGAAGACUGAGACAGCAAAAAUAGCAAUGCAGUACUUGGCUGCCCUUGGCGGUGGAAGUGGAAUAGAGUAUGAGAUUUUAAAGACUAAUCCAAUACUAGAAGCCUUUGGCAAUGCAAAAACAUUGAGAAAUGACAACUCAAGUCGUUUUGGAAAGCUCAUUGAGAUUCACUUCAGUGAAACUGGAAAAAUCUCCGGUGCUAAUAUUCAAACUUUUUUGCUUGAAAAGUCUAGAGUAGUCCAAUGCAAUGAAGGGGAAAGAUCAUAUCAUAUAUUUUAUCAGCUAUGUGCUGGUGCACCUCCAUCUCUCAGGGGGAAGCUAAACCUACAAAAUGCAGAAGACUAUAAUUAUCUGAGGCAGAGCAAUUGUUAUUCAAUUACUGGUGUUAAUGAUGCAGAAGAAUUUCGUACAGUCAUGGAAGCUCUUGAUGUUGUCCACAUUAGUAAAGAAGACCAGGAGAAUGUAUUUGCAAUGCUUGCUGCAGUAUUAUGGUUAGGAAACAUAUCAUUUACUGUGAUUGAUAAUGAAAAUCAUGUUCAAGCUGUAGAAGAUGAGGGUCUGUUCCAUGUAGCUAAAUUAAUUGGCUGUAGCAUUGAAGAUCUCAAGUUGACACUAUCAACUCGCAAAAUGAAAGUUGGUAAUGAUAAUAUUGUCCAAAAGUUGACGCUAUCACAGGCCAUUGAUGCAAGAGAUGCUUUGGCAAAGUCAAUAUAUGCAUGCCUGUUUGAUUGGUUGGUUGAACAGAUAAAUAAAUCACUUGCUGUUGGCAAAAGACGUACCGGCAGAUCAAUCAGUAUUCUAGAUAUCUACGGCUUUGAAUCUUUCAAUAGGAACAGUUUUGAACAGUUCUGCAUAAAUUAUGCAAAUGAGAGAUUACAGCAACACUUCAAUCGUCAUUUAUUCAAGUUAGAACAGGAGGAAUAUAUUCAAGAUGGCAUUGACUGGGCUAAAGUUGAAUUUGAAGACAACCAAGACUGCCUUAAUCUUUUUGAGAAGAGGCCACUGGGUUUAUUAUCCUUGUUAGAUGAAGAGUCCACUUUCCCAAAUGGCACAGAUCUAACACUUGCUAACAAGCUUAAACAGCAUUUGAAUUCUAAUUCGUGCUUCAAAGGAGAAAGAGACCAAGCCUUUACUGUACACCAUUAUGCUGGGCAGGUAACCUAUGAUACAACUGGAUUUCUGGAGAAAAACAGAGACCUAUUGCACGUGGAUUCCAUCCAACUUCUAUCCUCAUGCACGUGUCCUCUUCCUCAAAUAUUUGCAUCUCAUAUGCUCACUCAGUCUGAUAAGCCGGUAGUUGGUCCCUUACACAAGUCAGGUGGGGCAGAUUCCCAAAAGCUAAGUGUUGCAACAAAAUUCAAGGGUCAAUUGUUUCAACUGAUGCAACGACUGGAGAGUACUACUCCACAUUUUAUUCGCUGCAUUAAACCCAAUAAUCUCCAAUCACCUGAAUCAUAUGAGCAAGGGCUUGUAUUGCAACAGCUGAGAUGCUGUGGGGUCCUGGAAGUAGUUCGAAUAUCGAGAUCAGGCUUUCCAACAAGAAUGUCUCACCAAAAAUUUGCCAGAAGAUAUGGUUUUCUCCUUGAUAAUGUUGCAUCUCAGGAUCCACUUAGUGUUUCGGUUGCAAUUCUUCAUCAGUUUAAUAUUUUGUCGGAGAUGUAUCAAGUUGGCUACACAAAAUUAUUUUUCCGGACAGGGCAGAUUGGUGUGCUUGAAGAUACUAGAAAUCGUACCCUCCAUGGCAUUUUACGUGUCCAAAGUUGUUUCAGGGGUUUCCAAGCACGUCGUUCUCUCAAGGAUCUUCGGGGAGGAAUCACUACUUUGCAGUCAUUUAUUAGGGGAGACAAAACCAGAAAGGCAUAUUCAGCUUUACUUAAGAGGCAUAGAGCUGCUGUUAUUAUACAGAAGCAAAUCAAAGCAGUAUUUGCAAGAAACAGAAUGAGGACUAUUAGUGAUGCUGCAAUAGUCAUACAAGCAGUUAUUCGUGGUUGGUUGGUCAGAAGAUGCUCAGGAAAUAUUGGAUUUUUGAAAUCUGGAGACAUGAAGAUGAAAGAGUCUGAUGAGGUUCUGGUUAAGUCAUCUUUCCUGGCCGAAUUACAGUGCCGAGUACUUAAGGCUGAAGCUGCCCUUAGAGAGAAAGAAGAGGAAAAUGACAUCCUUCAUCAACGUCUCCAACAAUAUGAGAGCAGAUGGUCUGAGUAUGAACUAAAGAUGAAAUCCAUGGAAGAAGUGUGGCAGAAACAAAUGAGAUCCCUACAAUCUAGCCUCUCCAUUGCAAAGAAGAGCCUUGCUAUCGAUGACUCUGAAAGAAAUUCAGACACAUCUGUUAAUGCAAGUGAUGAGCGGGAUUACAGCUGGGAUGUGGGAGGCAAUCAUCGGCGCCAAGAAAGCAAUGGGGCAAGAUCAACGAGUGCUGGUCUAAGUGUUAUAAGUCGGCUGGCUGAAGAAUUCGAGCACAGGAGUCAAGUAUUUGGUGAUGAUGCCAAGUUCUUGGUUGAGGUAAAAUCUGGUCAGGUAGAAGCAAGUUUGAACCCAGAUCAAGAGCUUAGAAGGUUAAAACAGAUGUUUGAAGCUUGGAAAAAGGAUUAUGGGGCAAGACUGCGUGAAACAAAAGUUAUUAUAAAUAAACUUGGAAGCGAAGAUGGCGCACUUGAGAAAAUGAAGAAAAAGUGGUGGGGAAGAAGGAACAGUACAAGGAUAAAUUGAUUUUUUUUCAAAAUUUUUAAUUUAUCUUUUAUUUUUUUGAGUUCGGUUUUGGUCUAUGCACUGUUUCAAGAGCAUUGCCAACUAUAUAUAUCCGAAAGUGAGGAAAAUACAAUAGGAAAGGUAAAAAAAAAAAAGGAGUGGUAGGAAGAGUCCAAGGAUGAGUGAAUUUAGUGUAGUUUGGGUUAGUUGUUGCUAGCCACCUUUCUUUAAUUAGUAAUUUCUGCAUGAAUUGUUGAGUAAGAUGUAUACUACAAACCUUAGUGAUUCGUGUAUAUCGCUGAUGCCCAUGCCUUUUCUGGUAUGUGGAUUGCAUGUCAAAUUUGUUGUGGAGGCCCAAAAUGUAAUAUACAGUAAUCAGUUUGUUGGCCGUUGCAAAAAUCAUUGUAAAAUACUAAUAUUUAUAGAAAUUUAAAAAAUUUAUAUUCUUGUGAAUGUU